GUGACGUAAAUAAUGUGUUUUAUCGCAUGCUGUUUUGUUAUUAUAAUCACAAACUUUAAGUUGAUGUCUAUUUAAGAGAUGACAAUCUUCCAUGUGAAUACAUAUACUCAUUAAUGAACUUUGCUGUAAAUAACAAAGAACAUUGUCAAACUAAUGCUGCUGCAGACAAUGCCAACACAAGGCAUAAGAAUCAGUAAUAUUUCGGGAUCACAUGUUGGCAAUAUUUGUGCACAUAAGUCUAAGUUCUUCACAGAAAUAUUUGCUGUCACCUCAUUUAGAUUCCAACACCUAACCUAAAUAUUAAUCUCUGUACUGCUCGGCGCCAAAUUUCGAUAUGACUGCUGCCAGAUAUAUGUGAAAUGUUGGAGGUUAAAUAUUUUGGAAGUUUUCUAAAGGAACAUAAUAAACAUCAAUGUAUCGUGACAUUCAGAGAAGAUUUUUUACGCACAGAAGACCACAUCAAGGAAGUGGGGAAAUUUGCUGGGUCCAGAAAUCAGAUACAGAUACUAUAUUUGAUGAAUUAGCUGCAUUGCCUAAGCAACAAAAUGGAUGUGAACUUCAGAACAUAUCACGGGAUACAGUUUAUGAUAUUAUCACAUCUGGAGAAGAGGAUUUGCUUGACAUUUCAAACAAGUGGAGACCCAACAGAAAUAAAAUGAAGAAGCCCGUACAAGAGCGGAAUUUCGGAAACUAUAAACGAGACUCUUCUGUGAACAAGAGGAAGUUCUUCCAGACUAGAACUCCACAGUUGGCUACAAGGAUGAAAAAAUCAGAAAUUCAGUCUCGUUCUAAAUUUGGUUCCUAUACCAGAGACACAUCUUUUCAUGAAUCCUCUACGACCUCAAGAAACUCUAGUGUUCAAUGGAAACACACGAACCCAAAAUUCUAUUACCCAAAGAUUAUAUCAGAUACUUCUUCAGAUGAAGAUGAUGCCUUAUUUGAAGUGAAAUCUGAUAUGAAAAGAAUAAGUUAUCAGCAUCUUGCCACAUACAAUCCUCAACGCAAAUUGGCUGAUCAAAUGCAUAAAAAAGCAUCCCGAAGACGCGAGUUUAUACAAAAGUAUUACCUACAGAGGAAGGAUCGCACAAAAUCCGAUCCACCAAAGGAGAAAUCUUCAAAGCCUUUAGUUGAUAAGAUGCAAAACAAUGACUUACAGUUGCGAAAGAUCAGAUCCAGUCAUUCUGUGAAAUAUUCACUUCAUAAGUUUCAAGAAAGUAACUCACGGUCGUCAGACAGGAUCAGUUCCACGAAGGAAGUAAAUCGUGUUGAGACAUUACAAAGUAACGUGCAAAAACAAAUACUGUUUGUGAAAAAUAAAGUUUUCUCUGAAAGAAAGGUCCAGAUUGCAUCAGCACGAAAGAAAAACCAGGAAAUGGUGCCGUCCACAAAACAUAAUGACUUACUGCCAGAAAUGAGUCAUGUUAGAAAACUAGAUAAUCAAAACCAGGCAAGAAGGGAGAUUGAAUAUAUCAGAGCCGUACCUGAGGAUGAGCUGUCAACACCAGAUUUAAAUUUAUUGUGUUCAUGCGAAGAAAAUGAUGUUCAAGGACAGUUGUUAUUAAAUAAGAGUCUGUUACAUACCGAAGAAGUAAAUCAUUUAAGAACUACAAAAGCUUUAACACUUUUGUCAUCUAAUGAAGAACCCGCGAUUCCCUUUUCUCUAUCAGAAGAUAACGAUUCAGAAAUAAGUCACAUCACAUCACCUCCAGUCAGCAGUUCAACUUUCUCACAUUCACAUCUUCCUGAAAUAUGUUUCUCUCCAUCUCCAAUAAAAUCUCCAGCAGAAGUGGACAAGUCUUCAGCAUCUGGAAAUAAAUUUGAAAUGCAUACAAAUAAUUUACAUAUUUUACCAUCAGUACUACUGCAUAAUAUUCAAAAUGAGAGGGGAAGUUUAAGAAGGAUAAAAUUAAUGCAGAAGAAGGAGAAGAAUUCUGCUGAAAUGGGGUUUCCAAAUCCUAUAGGAACCAACAAGUGCUGGAUGAAUUCCUCAUUACAGGUUAUUUUUGGAAUGAAACCAUUUAUAGACGACACAGUCAACAUUUUUGAAAAGUCUAACAUUGUAGAUCCAGGAGAAAAAUAUUCAUUACUAAUGGAAAAAUUUAUUGGAGUAGUGAGAGCAAGACAAAGGAGAAACCAAUUACAGCUUCACAGAAACUUAGAACUGUUAUAUCAGUCUUUAGGAGUUCUGAAUGAACAUUUUACCACACAAAGUCAGGAGGAUGCAGUUGAAUUUCUCACCGAGUUUUUCAGUGCUUUACGUGAAGAAUUCAGACGACUGUGUCACGAUGAAGUGCGUGCCGCACUAGCUAAUAAGGGCCGACAACAACAUAGCAGCGGUAACAUAAAUGACAUGAAUAAUUGCCGACAAGAUAAAAGUAAUAUUCAACAGAGAAAUCCUGUCGACGAAAAUAUUAUUUUCAAACUUAAGGAGAUCCAUUCGUGUGUGAUGUGUUCUGAACAUAACAGCAAAGAGACAGAGCAUAUGACCCUAAUUGUAAAUAUUCCGUCGGAAGCAAGCACGGAAAUCACGCUGCAAGAAGCACUGGAAAGGUCCAUGGUGACCGAAACAAGAGAAUUAAGAUGUGUAAAAUGCAACAGUCAGCAAUGCAGAGUAAUGACUGUGUUCACUUUUCUUCCAAGGUUCUUAAUUCUACAUGUCAACCGCUUUAAAGUUCAAAAUAAUGUCAUUAAGAAAGUGCGUAAUUACAUGAAGAUACCAAUAACCCUCACAGUGGAAAAUGUGAUCAGUAAAACUGAAACCUUAAUGCCGUUGAAAUGGACAUCAGCUAAUCAUGAAAGAUUUUCUUGGUCAAAGGAAAGCAAAAUGAACUCCUGCCCACCGCAAAACAACAACGAAGGCAAAAAGGGCGUGGUGGUGCUUCAUGGGUUGGCUCUCCUGGCUUCUUCCGGCCAAGUCCUCUGGACCAAGUUUCAAUGUAGCAUGGAAGAUCCGAACGUUGUCAAGAACAAACUAGAGUACGCACUUAUUGGCAUCUUAUCACACAAAGGUGAUACUCCUAACUCUGGCCAUUAUGAAGCAGAUGUUUAUAACGUAAUGACUGGAAAAUGGAAUCAUUACAAUGAUGAAAUUGUAACUAAUGAAAUAGAGGAAAAAAUAACAGGCUCUUCUCGGCAAGAAAAUGGUUAUGGUUUCCUGUACAUGUACAAGCCACUUUUCAGCCAACUCGUAAAUGAGCGUACGGUUUCAAGAAACUCUGAAAAUCAAUGAAAAUACAUUCUAUUGUAUGAUGGCCAGCAUUUAAUUAUAUGUACUUUUAUUUGCAUCAGUCAUGUUGCAGGUUAUGUAUAUACAGAUGUUAAAACCUUGCAGAAUUUUGUACUGUGUACAAUUAUUUUUUUGUGAAUUAAAUAUAUUUUCUACAUACACA